CGCUUUCCUUCUCUGUUCAAAAAAGAAAGUAAAAGAGCGCCACACCACCGCCAAACGGAAACAACCAACGCUUCUUCCCUCUCGCUCAUGCUCUCUCCCUCUCUCUCUCUCUCUUCUUCUCGAGUCUCUGAUAACUCGUCAACAUGUCUGUCACUCCGGCGAAGAAGCUCAUGAACGAUCCUCCCGGUGUUGUGAAUGAAUACAUUGAAGGUCUUGUAGAGACAUAUCCAGGCCUACACUAUUUAGAGGGCUUUCCUCAGGUGAAGGUUGUGUUCCGUGCAGAUAUUCCAUGUGGACGAGGAACAUACGAUAAAGUUGCAGUCAUAUCAGGGGGCUGCAGUGACGAUGAGCCUGCUCAUGCUGGAUUUGUGGGAGAAGGAAUGCUGACAGCAGCCAUAUGUGGCGAUGUCUUUUCUUCUCCACCUGUUGAUUCCAUUCUUGAUGGGAUACGAGCUGUAACGGGCCAUAAGGGAUGUCUUCUAAUUGUGAAGAACUAUACUGGUGACCGCUUGAACUUUGGUUUGGCUGCUGAGGAAGCAAAAUCUGAAGGUUUUGACGUAGAGACUGUUUUUGUUGAGGAUGAUUGUGCUUUACCUCCACCUCGAGGGAUUGCUGGAAGAAGAGGAUUGGCAGGGACUGUUCUGGUUCAGAAGGUUGCAGGAGCUGCUGCUGCUGCUGGUCUUUCUCUCGCUGAUGUUGCUGCAGAAGCAAAGCAUGCAUCUGAAGUUGUGGGGACAAUGGGUGUUGCUUUACAUCCUUGCACACUCCCUGGUUUGGGUCUAGCAGAUCGUUUGGGGCCAGGAAAGAUGGAAUAUGGCCUUGGAAUUCACGGAGAACCUGGUGCUUCCGUGAAUGAUAUUCAGCCUGUAGAUGAGGUGGUUUCUCAUGUUCUGAAAGAAAUAUUGUCUAAGGAAACAAACUAUGUUCCAAUAACUCCAGGUUCUAGAGUGGUCCUCAUGAUUAAUGGGUUAGGUGUCACUCCUUUAAUGGAACUAGUGAUUGCAGAAGGCAAAGCAGUUCCUAAAUUUCUGGUGGAGCAUGGAAUGGCUGUUGAUAGAGUUUAUACAGGAUCAUGUAUGACUUCUCUAGAUAUGCAAGGUUUCUCAAUUUCUAUCAUGAGAGCUGAUCCUUCUAUUCUCCUACGACUAGACGCUGAAACUAAAGCUCCUUACUGGCCUGUUGCAGUUGAGGGUAAUCGCCCGCUAACUAAGCUUCCUGUUCCAAUUCCACCAUCUCGAUCAGCAAAGAGUAGUGAGCCACGGAAACUGCCACUAAAACAAAAUGAGCAAGGAAAACUACUAAAGGAAGCCAUUGAAGCUGGUGUUAAUGCAAUUAUAAAUCUAAAGGACAAACUAAAUGAAUGGGACAGUGCAGUUGGUGAUGGUGACUGUGGGUCAACUAUUCUUAGAGCUGAAAAACAAAUUCUUGAAGAUUUUAAAAAUUACCCUCUGAAUGAUUCUGCGGAAACUUUCCAUGAAAUUGGAUCAUCAAUUGGAAGAUCACUGGGCGGAACUAGUGGGAUCAUACAUACAAUUUGUAAGGAAGCAUGUGUACAGAUGUUAGCAAGCUCCCAUUCUGAUGUCAUGCCAAAAAAAUGGGCUGAAGCACUUGCAGCAGCCAUUGCUGCUGUUAAGAAGUAUGGGAAAGCUGGGGCUGGUUAUAUAAAAUUACUAGAUGCCCUUAUUCCAGCCUUGUCAACUCCUCUUGAAAAGGAAUUAGACACUGGCGGUGAUCCUUCCACUGCUUUUAUCAUCUCUUCUGCAGCUGCAUUAGAUGGAGCUGAGUCAACCAAGCACAUGAUAGCAAAGGCUGGGUGUGCAACUUACGUGCCUGAAGAGAGACAAUCAGUUCCUGAUCCUGGAACGAUGAACUUAGUUGGAUGGCAUCCUUCUCUUGUUUGGCAGUACAUCCAAGUGAUCAGUCCUAGGAAGGUUGCAAGCAUAUUCUUGUAUUUCUGCAUUAUCGCAUCAGCCUUCAUGUACAGCUCAAGCUCCAAUUGCACUUUUGAAGAUAGAAAUUUUUAUAUUGAAAUGGUUUCUCUAAUGAAGAAACCGUCCACAGCUGCUGAAAAUGCUCCACAGACUUGGUUGUCAUUCGUCACAAAAUUCGGUCUGGUCUGUGUGAUCGGUCUACUGGCCUGUAUGAUGGCCGUUGUCAUUACCAAUGAAGAGAAUCAUAAUCUAGUACAAGAUGGGGCUAGAAGAGUAAUAGCAAAAGGCCAAACUGGAAAUAUAAUAUUUGAGGGGAAGUAUGGAGGCCGGGAAGUUGCAAUUAAAGCCCUUCCCCCUGUUGAUUCAGUCAUAGCUCUAAAAGAAGUGUCCAUAUUAGAGAAAGUUGAUAAUCAUCCCAACAUAGUCAGAUUUUAUACUUCAAGUAAAGGUUCAACAGAAUUUUGGAUUGGACUAGAAAGGUGCGGAUGCAACCUAGGACAACUCUUUGAAUCCUACCAAUUUAACACAGCUCUUCAGAAUGAAAAAUGUUCAAAUUUUUUGGAAUACUUCAAGCAAAAGGUGAAUAAACUGUGGAUUGAAGACUUUUUUCCUUCUCCACAAUUACUCGGGAUAAUGAGAGACAUAGCUCGUGGGUUGAGUGAGUUACAUCAGCAGGACAUAAUUCAUGGUAACUUGAGUGUCGAACAUGUUUUAGUAACUCAAUUCGGCACAGGUUUUAGGGGAAAAUUAUGUAGUUUUGGCAGAAGCAAAGAAGAUGUGUCUCAAGAGGAAAAGGAAGAAGAUAUGUACCAUGUAGGUUUAAUUUUCUUCGAGUGCAUUACAUGCAGAUAUUAUGAUCCUCCUGGGGAAGGAUUUGAGUUGCCGAAAAAAAAAAAAAGAUUUGAAAUUUCCAAAAUAAAACACUGUGAAGCCAAGGACCUUUUAUUGGGCUUAUUGGAAAACAAGGAUAAACCAAGGCUUAAAGCAGUGGAUGUUAUCAAACAUCCAAUAUUUUGGAGCGCAGAACAAAAGGUUUUGUUUCUUACUGAAGCUAGCAACCGACUGCAUAAUGAAGCUCCUAAGUCAUCUCCUCUCGACCUUCUGCGGCAAUCUUCUGGUAACGUUUUCAACGGGAGGUGGAGCAAUAUAAUUGGGGAUAAAAAUAUGCUAGAUAACUUGAAGACUUAUGGAGGUGAGCCUACCAGCUUAAAAUCUUUAUUAAGAUUUGUGAGAGGUUCUCAUCAACAUUACCGUCCAGAAUUGGAGGCCGGAACACUUUAUGAUAACUUCUAUAAAUACUUUUCUGACAAGUUUCCCGGGCUGUUCAUGGAAGUCUAUACGGUUAUCAAAACAUUUUUCAGUCAAGAGCCACAAUUUAAGAGAUUGUUUGAUGAUAGCACAUUUUGAUGAUAUUGCAUUUUAAGUGAUGGACUAGAAUUGCAAAUUUGUAAUGCACAACAAUUUAAUCUGCUAUGAUUUCUUACUUGAGGACUAUUACAGUUUUAAAUCCCUGUUUUCUUUGAUGUUGCUCUUUCCUUUCUGUUUCUACUGCUGGCUUGUGUUUCUUGGAGACAGGGAUUUUCUUACCUUAUUGCUGAUGUUGCUGCUCGGGAGUUUAGAAUUUUAUGCCGUUGUUUACUGUUUUGUUUCCGCGGUUUUCAUUGUUCAAAGCCUGAACUUGGGAUUGCCAUAUUGCUGUUGUUGUUUUUGCUGCUGGAUUGUCAGAAUUUUCUGCAACUGGUGCUGUUUUUGCUGCUGGAUUUUAGAAUUGUCUACUGCUGUUGCUGUUUUUGCUGCUGGAUUGUUAGAAUUUUCUGCUACUGGUGCUGUUUUUUCUGCUGGACUUUAGAUUGUCUGCUGCUGUUGCUGUAUUUGGUGCUGGAUUUUAGAAUUUUCUGCUAUUGUUGCUGUUUUUGCUGCUGGACUUUAGAAUUGUCUGCUGCUGUUGCUGUUUUUGCUGCUGCAGUUUCUCUCUGAUGCUAUUUUGCUGUUUCGCUGCUGCUUUUUCUAUUGAUGGAAGCCUGAAAAUCGUGUUGCUGAUUGCCCAUAAUUUCUUGACCUGCUAAGCUUUGAUGAGUGCUGCAAUCGGCCAUAGUCUUUUCUGCUGCUGUGGAUUUCUCAUGCACCACCUGUUUUAUUUCGGCCCUCCACUAGUAGUGUAGUGUAGCUUGCUGUCUUUCUAUUGUAUUGUUUUAUUGUUCUCUAUUUCUUUACUGUUUUGCUGCUUUUCAUUUUUCUUUUAUGGCCAAUUAACUGGAGGACAAUUUCCUUUUAUGACUUCUUGGGCCUCACUUGGUAUAUGCAUCUCUUUUUAUGCCCUGUAGCGUUUCAGGUUUGGUCUCAAUGUUAUGCUUGGUUGGGUGUCUCUUUGGUCUUGCCUGGGGAUAGUAUCUCACACUUGUUGGAACAUGAAUCAUUGUCACUAAAUUCCAAGCAGAAUAAUGGAUGGAGAACAGUGUGGUUCCCUGUGGUAUGGACUUUAUGGAAUGCUAGAAAUAAUUUAAUAUUCAGGGGUGAACAGGUUGAUCAGACAAAGAUUGUUGAACUCGUCCAAGUAAGAUCAUGGUGCUGGCUCUCAUCAAAAUUGCAGGAUUUUCACUAUUCAUUUUUUGAAUGGUGCAAUCAACCAGGGGUGUGCUUGCAAAUCUGAUGUGUUGCCUUAAAUUGUUUAGGGAAACCAGAUUCUGGCUCUAUUUUGUUCUCGUGGCAUGAAGAAGGGUUGGGGGUGAUAGACACUACUCAUGGCAAACUUAACUUUUCUAAACAGUGCAGCAUGGGGAGUGUAUUAUGUUUUGCUUGUUGGCUGUCUUGUGUUUUGCAGGUGUUGGUGUCAAUUAAUAUUUUGGAGGUGUCACUUGCGGAUUCCAUGGGAGCAGAUGAUGGCAUUUUGCUUAGUCUUGGGCGGAAAGCUGACUUGUAUUAUGGAGCUGGAUACUUUAGCUACAAGCUGGGUGGAAUAUUCCACUAUUGAGGGCUACUUUAUCACUAAGGAACUGGCAAUUGUAUUUGGGGUAGGAUACCAGGUUGAUCAUUCAAGGAGCAAAGGAAUAAAUGGUGUAAACUUCAAGCAGAUUUGGAAUGACUUUGAUAAUUUAAUCUGUAGUGUUUUUUUGUCCCCCUUGGAAGUUACAUUUUGAUCUUAGGAAGGGGUACUCUUUUUCCUUCACUAGGUUUUCCCAAGGGGGGUUUUCCCUAGUAAGGUUUUAAUGAGGCCCCUUCCUUUGAUCUCUCUUCCAAGGUGGGGGUGGGGGUGGGUUCACAGCCGUAGCAGCAGUAUGGCUCUUAAGAUUAUGUAAUUAUCCUCUUUAUAUGUAUCUAUUUGUAUUGCUA